AGAUAUGGUUUGUCUUCCAUCAUCUUCCUCACGUACGCCUCUGUAGCUCAUCUCUAUACCAUCUUCUCUCCUGCAUUCUCAGUUCCGUAGUUGGAGUGAUUUUUGAAUUUUGAGUUGGGGGAAAAGGAGAGCAACGAUGGAGGUUGCGGCUGCUGCUUCGUCGUGCCGGAGCAGAUUCUUAACGGAAUGGUGCCGGAAGCGGGAGCUGAAUACGAAGUGGCAUUUUAAUGCUUUACGGGGGAAACAGAAACCGAAAUUGGUGAAGAUGAGGACGCAGAUGGUGAAUGCUUCGACUUACUCUUCCAGAAUCAGCACCGACAUUCCUCUCUAUGAAGUCCCCGGGGCUUCGUUUGAUCGAUAUCUGGAGGAUAAGCCCCGAGUUUUCAAGGCUAUAUUUCCAGACAAAAGGAGGAGUCAACAACUCAAUGAGGAAGAAUGGAGAAUCCACAUGCUACCCAUAGAGUUCCUAUUCCUAACCGUGCUGCCAGUAAUUGACAUGAGAUUGCAAUGUAAAUCCCAAGGGAUAGGAUACCCGCCUGGGGUUCCUACUGAUGCUUCUAAGGUCCUUGAGCUUGACAUUAUCAGAUGGGAGCUUCAGGGGCUGGAUGACAUGCUGAAGCCAUCUCAGUUCUCACUUGGCGUUAAAGGCGCCCUAUACCCCGACAGACGUGGACUGAGAAGCAGGCUUAAGGGCCAGCUGCAGUUGAGUAUAAGCUUUGUUCUUCCUCCUGUGCUUGCUCUGGUCCCUGAACAUGUUCGUCAAGAUGUCGCAGAGUCGGUUCUAAAAAGACUAGUGGAGAACAUGAAGACCAAAGUAAAUGGUAGCUUGCUUGCAGAUUAUAGUGAGUUCAAGAGGGAAACCUCAAGAUCGAGUUUAGUCUGAGGUGAGGUGUUGUUUAAACUUUAAAGCAGAUGAUAGAGUUUAGUCGACACAACUACAUAUUGAAUCCCCGUAGGAAUUGAAUCAGACAAGAUCGAGGUUGAGAACUCAAAAGUUCUGAAGACUUUUAGGAUGCAGAUCAGAGACUCUCAAUAUGUGUACAAUUUGAGUAGAUUUCAUUUCGGAUGUCGGACCUUAAUUACACUGUAAUGAAUAUUGUUCAUAUAUGUUUUCAACAUUGUUCAUAGUCAUGACGAAUGUUUUUUCUUAGAUAUACAGUUAUCACGUCAUUUUAUUUGAUGUGUGAUGUUAUACCCAUCUCAAUGUAUUUAAAGAGAAUAAUACUUGGGGUCUCGCAAA